UCGCCUCCUCGCAGCCCCGAGCGCCGCCGUCGCCAUGGCCGCCCUCAGCAAGAGCGUCCCGCACAGCUGCUACGAGAUCGGCCACACCUGGAGCACCUCGUGCGUCCUGUCCACUCUGCAGGUCACCUUCGGCGCUCUGCAGGAGUCCUUCAAGAUCUAUGCGCCGCUCUACAUGAUUGCAGCAAUUCUCCGAAGGCGAAAACUUGACUAUUAUAUACACAAGCUGCUUCCCGAGAUCCUCCAGUCAACCUCAUUCCUUACUGCAAAUGGUGGCUUCUAUAUUAUGUUUUUCUGUAUCCUCAGGAAGCUUCUUGGAAAAUUCUACAUGUGGUCUCCAGGCUUUGGUGCUGCUUUACCAGCUUCCUAUUUGGCUAUUCUGAUUGAGAGAAAAAGCAGGAGAGGCCUAUUGACAAUUUAUAUGGCUAACUUGGCAACUGAAAGUAUAUUUCGAAUGGCUGUAACACGAGGUCUCAUCAAUCCAAUUAAACAUGGAGAGGUCCUGUUGUUUUGCUUCACAGCAUCCUUGUACAUGUUCUUCUUCAGAUGCAAAGAUGGACUCCAGGGAUUUGCCUUCUCAGCACUCAAGUUUAUUGUUGGAAAGGAAGAAAUCCCAACACAUUCACUUUUGUCAGAGAUGAGGCCUUCUGCUGCAUCUAGUACCUAUGCUACUGAACAACAGGCUAUAGAAGAUCCACACAGGAAGAGCAGCAGGUCUUUGCUAGCCUUGACCAAACGGCUUGUUGACAGAAUAUGUAAACAUGGACCAAGACACAAAUGCUGUAAACAUUAUGAAGAUAACUGCAUAUCUUACUGCAUUAAAGGUUUUAUAAGGAUGUUCAGUGUUGGCUAUCUUAUUCAAUGCUGCCUUCGUAUCCCAUCAGCCCUUAGACAUCUAUUUACAAAGCCAUCCCGGCUGCUGUCUGCUUUGUACAAUAAAGAAAACUUUCAACUUGGAGCAUUUCUGGGAUCCUUUGUCAGUAUUUACAAGGGCACAAGUUGCUUCCUACGAUGGGUACGAAACUUGGACGAUGAACUUCAUGCACUGAUUGCUGGUUUUUUGGCAGGAAUCUCCAUGAUGUUUUACAAAAGCACAGCAAUCUCCAUGUACCUGGCUUCCAAACUUGUGGAGACGAUGUAUUUCAAAGGCAUUGAAGCAGGAAAAUGUCCAUAUUUUCCUCAUGCAGAUACCCUCAUCUAUGCGGUUUCCACAGCCAUAUGUUUUCAAGCAGCAGUGAUGGAAGUUCAGAACCUACGGCCUUCCUACUGGAAGUUCCUGUUGCGGCUGACGAAAGGAAAAUUUGCCCUGAUGAACAGGAGAGCAUUGGACGUUUUUGGCUCACAAGCCUCCAGAAACUUCAAGGGAUUCAUACCUAGGCUGGAUCCAAGAUUUACUGUUGUGAAACCAGAACUGGAACUCAAUUCCUGAAUCUGCUCUGGUGUGAGGUUAUCAGGAUAGACACUUUGUGCAGUAAUUCAGCCUUUGAAUCAGGCAGUUUUUGACACACGGAAUCAAUUCCAAUGUUUUAAUUAAAAAAUAUAUUGGUAAAUGAUCUGUAAUCUUGCUGUUUUCUUUGGGAGCAGAGCUAUCCAAAUUGAGUUUCUCCAUUGUUAUAUAAAAAAUGAAUGCCUAAUGCAUUUAAUUCUUGGAGGUGUGUAGUUUUUGUUAAUUGACUUCCAGCUUUUGUUACAAUUUUACUGGUCAUUUCAACUGUGAUGUAUACAAAUUAGUAAAUACCAUGAAUCUCAUUAAUGGCAACUGUUUGAUAGCAGAGAUUUGCAUUUUAUUCAUAGCCAUAUGCACUGAUGCUGAUGAAUUUGUUUGGGAAUUCAAAUUUGUCUUCCCCUUUACACGGUCUACUAUUGUAACUUCAAUCCUUAUAGCCAAUAGUUUAGCUGACAAUGAAAUGAAGUAUCAUUUGAUGGAAUAUAAGCUGCUCUAUGCCUUGUAUAGGACACACUCAUAGAGCUAAAAUCAUAAAGCAAUUUUUUCUUACUGUGAAACUGUAAUUGACCAUUUUGGAUGAUAAAUGUUCACAUCACAAAGCCCAGUUGAUUCCCAUUAAAUGAAUAAACCCUGAACCACAAAAUUGUAAACCCCAUGUAUUAGAAACUUGCAACCAACACCCUGCUGCACAAAUUGUUGUGUACUUUUCAAAUUCACUUUCAUAUAUGUAGCUUGGGUUGCUUGUGAAAAUAACAAAAGUUAUGGAGUUGUUUGUAAUUUGGGCUUUAAAUACAAAUUGCUGAUUAAAAACAAAGAAAAAUGUUACGUAACCAUUCAAUUGAAUGGAAAAUGGCUUUUCAAAUUCCAGUCAUGGCAUAGAAAUUCUCAAUUAUCUGUUGGUCACUGAAAAGGAAAUGAUUUUUGGGGGGCAUCAGCUGGGUGUUUGACAUGUGUGGAUUGCACCUGGUAACUGUAUUACCAUGCUUAAGAGUAUACAAACUGGAGUUCCAUGCAUGCUGCCGACACAUGGAAAUUCCUGUGUCUGCAAUGGAAGGUAUACUUAUUCCCCAGAGGGACACAUUCUGUUUACAUAAUCUGGGAAAGGAUUAGGUGCAGGUUGGCAAAAGUUGGCAAGCCUUGGGCACUCUAGAGUAUGUGUUGUAUACUGCUGGAUUUUGACUAGCUAAGACCACCCAGCUUGCCAUUAAAAGCACUCUGGCAAACCUGUCCAGCUAGGACCACUAUACCAGUGAGUACUUUGGGUCUAGGGUUAAUAGGAGCUGAACGGGUUGAAUCCUGCCCUCAAAGUCUUAGCGAUGAGCUUGGCUGAAUAGUCUUUCAUCAGCAGUGUCUGGAGUACUGCGGACCUGCAUGGCUCAGGGCCAGACGACCGAGACCACCGCAGGAGGUUGAUUCAGUUCCGACAUUCCAUCACCAAUCAUAUUAGUUGGAGCCUGUUAACCUCCAUGGUGACCCAGCUUACCUCCAUUCCCUCCUCCUCCCCCCCCAGGAGGAUAAUCACUAGUUGUUCAUUUUAUAAAGAAGAAAUUAAUGUAGUGGCUUUUUAAUUUAAUACCAUCUGCCAAGAAUAACGCUUUGAGAACUGAAGACAUCUGAGAAUCAGUUUUAUUUCUACAGUUGAUGCUGUGUAAACAUUUUUUUAAAAAAAAACAAUGAAACCAUAUGUUUGCUGAAUUACAUGCAGGGGAUAUACCAGAAACUAUUAAAUGUGCUGAAAUCAGUGCGUUUAGGAUUUGAGGUUUUCUAGUUUGGGAUUCAAGGUUUUCUAGAUCCAUGCACGUAAUAACUGAAACCUUUCCAACUUCCAGAUUUGAUCUUGAGAUAAUUUUCAUCCAAAAUGGAUUAGUUUGCAGGGGUAUGGGGAAAAGUCAGGUAAAUGGGAUUAGGUGGAUUGUUCUU